GAAUGCUGGGAUGUCGGAGGACUCAUCUGCGCCGCUCGCGCGCGAAAGAGCGCGGCACUACACCUUGAAGAGUCGCUCGGGUGUAGUUUCUGAAGCGCUGCCAGAGCUGGACCGAAAGCCCUUUUUUGUCCCGCGCCUUGGGCGUUUCCCGGGCAAAUGUGUUGGCGUUGGGUCAUGUUGAAUACCUGUUCUUGCCCUGUGGCCGGUCCAGCGCGCAAGAGGGAAGGGCGUGUCUGCUGGAACGGAAAAGUUUUAUAUUCGCGGUAAUACGAAGCGUACCGGAAGCGAAGAGAAGCCCCCCAAAAAUGUGUUUGCUUGUACACCUUUUUUAUGACUCAAAAGGAUUGCGUUGUUUUUCAUAAUUACAGUUCACGGCGAGGCUGUCCAGGCACUUAAGGAGAUAAACCUGCAGGAGAUACUGAAGAGGCAGUCAGGACGGGUUUAUCAUUAGAGAAGGCAAGGGAAGACCGCGUCUGAAGACGGAGGGAGUGAUUAACUGCAGAGUGCUGCUGGGAGGUCAAGUAAGAGGACUGGAAAAGGUCUCAUAGCAGAAUGGAAGACUUGACUGAAGUUAAAUCUUUGGACAUUGAGCCCAUCUAUUUCUUUGAUCAGAUGAAACCAAAAAGAAAAAAGUGGAAAAAGAGAGAGUGUGAAGACCAUUUCCUCUAUUUGAGACACACCUCAGGAGCUACUUAUAGCCAUACAAAGAGUAUACUUUCUAAAGAACUAAAGGAAGCAAGACUAACUACAGUAGCUGAAGCUGAGGAGCAAGAUGCGUUCUACUCAUUUGACAUCUCAACAACUCCUACUGUUGCCCAGUUUUCUCCCCCAUUAUCCAAAAUACACCUGCAAAAGGAUCUAUUUGAGGAAUAUAAACUCAUUGCUUCUGAAAUACUGCAUGAACUUGGGGAGAUACUGCAGAAGUAUGCUGAGUAUCACAUUAUUUACCCUGAGGGAAUUGUAAAUCUUAUGAAUUACAGUUGGCAUGAUCUUAUUGAAGGUGCUUCUAAGUGUGCAUCCAAAAGUUCAGGCUUGAAGAAAAACACUGCCUUGCAAAGAGAUCCCAAUGCCGUGAUCCAAACCAGCAGCUUUUCAAGAGAGGAAUAUCAUAAGGAAAAACAUCUUGUGAAAGCAAAAAAAGACCAUGAUGUUUCAUCUGCUCUUGUCGACCAAAACCAAAAUGCCCACAUACCCCAGGAUAACAAUUUACCUGUUGUCAUCCACUUCUCGCUGUUAUCCAAGAUCUGUUUAGAAAAUGGUUGGAUCUUUCAACAUCCUGACUCAAAAUUGGAAAUUCUGAAAUGGAAGACAAUCCUCAGUACUGCUGUGAAGAGACUACAAGAAGCCACCAUUCAAAUAAAAGCAGAAGAAGCAAAGCUUAAAAAAGAGGGAUUCAACAAACAACUUACCUUGCUCUACUAUAAUGAUCCUAAAUGCGUGGUGAAGGUGAGCAGCAGCCCCCAAGUUUCUCAAUGUUUCUGGCUAGAGCUGCUCAAGAGGAAGACUGAGAUGCCAGUGGUCCAAGAGGCUGAUCCAGAGAUGAAGAAGUUCCAUUACACACUGGUAGAUGGUUCUUCUCUGACCUACUAUCCUUCUGGCCGUCUAGCUGUCUGCCAAAGCUAUUCUGCCCUCCCUGGGGGUGGCAUGUACACCAACAUAUUCAGUGACUUGCCAAAUCAAGUUAUCCUUGGAACCUUCACACCGUCUGGACGUGGUAGCAUUUCUUUUCCUAAUAGCCGAAUAAUAUCAAUGAUGUUUAAUCGAGAUGGUGGCAUGGUGAUCAGCAAAGAGGGAGACAUCAUAAGAGAAUGGAUGUGGCCUUCAAAGGGAAAACUUGAUGAUCCAGUUGACGUUUGGGUGAACAAGUUCAUUACAGUGGAGAUUUCUGGGCGCUUUGCAAUCACCUUGGUCUACAGAUGGCAUCCCCAAAGCCUAAAGCUAUCUCUGGCACCUGUAAAAUAUAAGUUUUUUCUUCCGUGCUUACCUAAGGUGCCAUUCCCUGAUGUCAGUCCCAUCUCCACAGAAGCCAGAGAGUUAUUCAAGGCCUAUAAAGUGAAGCGCAAGCAUCUGAAACCCACAACACAGGACAAAGAUCCUUCGAGUUUAACAGACACAAUGAAAAUAGCUACAUUUGAUCCUGUAAUGGACAUAAGCCCUUUCUCCGACAUCCCAACAGUUAUUAAAUUAAGAAGACUACAGAAGAAGAUCAAACACAUCCUAUUUCACUGGCUGGAUUACUACAGAUUUGCAUUGGGAAUAGACUCCAUGCACAUUGACAAAAUGCCCAAGCUUCCAGAAAAAGGGAUCAGGAAACAAAAAGUCUCAUCAGCAAGAUUUCCUCUGAAACAAAGUGCAGAGGAAAAAAAUGAGAGUAAGGAGUACCUUCGAUACCGGAAUACCUUCCUAAAACUGAAAGGUGUCUUUAAGCCUGUGCCUCUCUUUCGCACCCAGAAGACCCCAGGCAGCAAUCCGUCCUUCAGGCUUCCUCCUCCUCCCAUUAAGAACAAGGAUGCAUGGUUUGAUCCUCAGCUGCUCUGUCCUGUGGUCCUCAGGAAGACAUUGUGUGGGCAGGAAGGGGGCACAUGCCAGUGUAGCACUUACAGCGUCCCUGAGGUGACAGACCUGGAGUAUGAUCACCUUAUAAGCCACCAGCUGUCCUCCACGGAUCAGCUCAUUAUAGUCCACGUGUUCUCAGCUAGCAACACGGACAAGACUACAGAAGAAAUGGCCAAAGUGUAUAGGAAACUGAACAGAUGUAAAAGCAUGCCUUGCCUUCAGAGUUGUUCAGAUCCCUUUCGAUUGCUCAAAUACAACAUCACCUCUGCAUGCAAAUUUACUGGGGGCAGUUGUCCACUUCUGGUUCAAAGGCACAAUGUCAUUCCAGGAAUAUUUUUGAUGUAUGUUCGUGGAAAAUUAGUAUUUGCCAACUUUAUUUUCAAUGGUUAUAGCACAUCUGCUAAAGACCUUCAAAAGCAAAUUGUGAAGACAAAGAGUGAUUAUCAUACAGGAUAUUUCCUACCCAAUGACUUCAGGAUCCGGUAGAGUGAUACACAUUCUCUACCUUAUCUUGUACUUUUCAUUAGUAAAUCCCAGAAAAGGGCCAA